UGCUCUUUAGUAUCCAUUCAACGUUGUUUGCAUGGUGACUACUUCAUCUGGUAUUGUCGGAAAAUGUCAGGACAAAAACUGUAAAUACAGUACAUCAGAACACCGAGAUUUCAAUAGAUUCGCUAAACGGACAAUGCAUACUUUAGAGGCGGUUGGAACCCCGUUGUAUUUUGUGUAUAAAUAUGCUAAGUUAUCGUGCCUUAUCCAGUCGUUGUACCUGGAAUUUAAUAACUAAGAAUUUCUUUGUCUGUUAAAGGAAGUGCAGGUCUUUAAAACCUCUCUGCUGUUUUGACAAUAAUAAUUAGAAAUCGGAAUUCCGGCCAUCCAAUUGGGAGCGAGCGGGAGUUUGUUGCUGGGCAGAUCAAGGCGACCGAUGUUGACCGCACAGUCGGUUGCCAGGCAACAGGUGGGCGGGGUGCCGGGGAAAUUCCCCCCGCCCACAAGAAAGCAACAGGAGACGGGGGAGGGGGGGAGCGAUGGGCGGUCAUUUAACCGGGAAAAGCAGCGGCACCCCCGCAGCGCCAGGGCGAGAUUCCAGGGGGUUGGGCUAAGAAGGCGAAGUUGCAGCCGAGGGUGACUGCAGGCCCGGGUCAGAAUGAAGGCUGAGCUGCUCAGUCCCGCAGCAGUUUGCAGCUAUGGUUGCAAACGCGACGGGCGAAGAAGCUCCGCUGCAAGCGGCGCCCAGCCCCGGCAAAAGAAAGCGCUGGGCGGCUGCCGUCAGCGAGGAUGUCACUCCGGAAGACAGGGCUGAGGGAGUCCCGGACGGCGCGGGCAUCCGAGCGCCGCUGAAAAGACUCAAGUGCCCGAGGUACAGAGCCUGGAGCUCGGGGUCGGGCCGCCGCUGUGGCCUGGAGCCGUCACUUUGUACCCGCCCUUCAGAGGCGGACAGUGACAGUCCCGCCCUUCCAAGCUGCGACUCCCCUCGCCGGCUGACAGCUCGCCUCGAUUUACAGUUUCUCAGGGAAUACGGACAGAAAUGCUACCACCUUAAUCGAGAAUCUGAGAAGAAAUUUCAUCCCCGGAACUGCCUGGCACGUCAGCCCCAGGUAACUGCAGAAGACAGAUGUAAACUGGUUAGCUGGCUGAUCCCAGUUCACAGACACUUUAACUUCUCCUUCGAAUCGAUGUGCCUCACUGUGAACAUUAUGGACCGUUUCCUUCAAACGACCCCCGUGGCUUCCGAUUGUUUCCAGCUUGUUGGAGUAACGUCGCUUCUCCUCGCAUGCAAACAAGUUGAAGUUUACCCUCCCAGAAUUAAACAGCUCCUUUCUCUCUGCUGUGACGCGUUUACCGGGGACCAGCUCCGAAACCUGGAGUGUAUCAUCCUCAUCAAACUCAAUUUCGAGCUGCUCACACCGAGCGUGGACUUUUUCUUGGAGCAUUUUACCAUCACCAGGAUAGAGCAUGAACAGCCGCGCAGUCAGGCUGCCAGCUCAGAGCGCCUGGCCAGGCGCCUUGUCGAGCUCAGCUUCGCCGACUACUCCUUCAAUGGAUACCCGCCCUCCCUGCUGGCCAGCUCUGCCCUCAUCCUGGCCGAUCGGAUGUUACAUCCCGGGGGAGAUCCCAGCUCGGAGCUCAGCGGUUACCCGCCCUGCCUGCUGGAGGACUGUGUGCAGAGACUGAAGUUGCUGGUAGCUUUGAACGAAGAGUCAUUGGCUCCCUUGCAAGUGUUUGAGCCGACAGACAGAGAGCUCAGCACUGAGUUCUGACUAUGCUUCCCAGCCCCUCACAUUAAGGGCACCUCUGUUUUCGCACAGCAUUGCAUCAACGUUAAUCAAAAUCAAACAAAAUCAUAAGAUUCGACUAUAUGUAGGUGAAGAAAACGACUGGAAAUCAAUGGGACUGUUAGUUUACAUUUACAGAUUAGAGUUUUAGUUUAGGUGGAACUCGUAAAGUCAUUCACUGCAUGCACAUAGGGGUGAUACAAAAAUGUCAUUAAUGCGGGAUUAUGAGGGAGAUAACAGAAGUCUGAAAACUUGACGAUAAUCUCUUUUUAUUGUGAACAAAUGAAACAUAUCCGACCUCAGCCGUGCUGUUUACUAAGGAAGAAUAGUACUGUAAUCUGUAAAUAUAUUGUAUGUAUCUCAUAUUUUACAACGGCAUUAUGGAUUUAUGUGACUAAACAUUAAAUUAUUUAUUUAGCGUUAUAGC